AGCCGCCAGUGGGUUAAGCGGGUGGCUAGCAGUAUUUCUCUAGUCUAGUGGUGAGUGGUGGUUGCUCUUCCUUUCCCUUCCUCCUCCUCCCCGAGUCACAGGAGCGUCAUGGUGUGGAUGCUGCUGCUGCUGUUGCUGCUGGUUAAGUCAGUUGUCCCUUUCACACCAAAAACCUUCCCAGCCACCAGAACUUCUGUUACCGAGCUUCUGAUUCAAGCAGAUCCUGGGGCGUCUCCAGCCUCUGCUAGUGAUGCCCCGAGCUUGUGGUUGUAUAAGUUUCCACCGUGGUUCUUCCCUUCCAAUCCGCCACCCAAGGAAUUCCUGCCGAAACAGUUACAGAAUUCAGAAUCAGGGACAUCCGGAACCAAGGAAACCAACGCAUUUCAGACCGAGACAUCUGGCGUCGCACACAGACACGCCCGCCUCACACGUGUUAAGGUGCCCAUAAAUUCAGCCUUCCGCGACCAAGUCAUAACAAUGGUUCUGAAUGCCAAGCGUGAUGUGGGGAAGGCUUCUUUCUCCACUCCUUUGUUGGUUCCUCAAGGUGCAUGGCAGCCUUCACUUUCCUUCCCACAGACCACAUCAUCUCCCUCUCUUCGUGAUCGUCUUACUGAAUCACAACCAGAAGACAAAGGUCAUUCUUUAGUCAGUUUAGGUUUGCCUUUUACCUCUACAUCAGGAGAGAGUCUUUUCAGCAGUAAUCAUAGGGAAACAAAACCUACCCUCACAACUGUGCAAGACUUCCAAUCCAACCCGCAAGAUCUAACACAGGCAAGACGCGGUAGCUCCAGAGAUCAAUUUCGACCCUCAAAACUCCUUUCAAUCAUCGCUUUGGGUCAGGACUCACAGUUUAGCAUCCGUGAAAGACAACAUCAAAAUAUUAACUCUGCCUUUAGCACCGUCUCAACCAGCGCAUCACAGAAGAUAUCAGGCGUUCCCAAACGGAAUCUUCAUCAGACCACUUUGGCUGACAUUGCCUUAGGCUUAGAGUAUCCAUAUGACCGCACUUCUCUUGCUACUUUACCUGAUGUUACCUCGCAUCUCCCUGUGGUCAAUAAGAAUGUCGGUAAGUCGUCAGAAGAGUUAGAGCUCCGUCAGAAGAGCUUCACGUGGGACGGGUUCAGACCCCUUCUUAAAAGUGACCAAGAUGUUCAUAGUAUUCGUAAAGAAAGUGAUCCUUUACACUCCUUGGAGCAUGACCAUCAACUCUCCUUCACUUCACGUCCUGACGAUGCGGAAUUUUCAGGUCAAGACAGAAAAAAGUGGUUCUGGCCCAUCCCUUGAAACUAAGGAGUAUGUUGCUCUUAGGCACAAGUAGCAUUGGUAUCACGUAUAGUGCAGGGAAGAUAAAAUUAGUUGGUUAUGCAUAAAAAAAUUAUAUCUAAUAUUUUUGAAUGGUACCACUAGCAUAAGCAUAUUAUUUCAAGACAUGUCAACCCAACAUCAAUCACAUCGCAAAAUCGUAGAGAAACACGUCAUUUGAGUUUGAGGUUUCAAUCUUCCAGCGUAUUCGUAUUUCUGAUGUGAAGUUUUUGUAUUCACUCAUACUAACCUGCCGACGUCACACGAGGAGAGUUGAUUGUCAAUAUUGACACAAGAGUUGCUGGUAUACCGACAUUGCUAUUAUCUGAUCGCUUCCAUUCUGUUAUUCGUUUACUAUUGUAAUGUCUUAAUGAUUCUCGUCUUUAAUCUAUUCUGGCUCUCGCUAACUUUUUUGGACUCACAACUGCCGCCAGAUCAAUUAAUUGACAAGAAAAAGAAGAAAAAUAUCACUUACUUCUCUCUCCUGUCUCUCACAUACCUCAUGCACUUCAAUAUCACGUGUUCCACUUCCUCAUCCUCUCCAAUGCCAUCAAUCUGUGCACACUUCGCUGAAGAUCUCGGAACAUCUGGAAUUUCUUGUAUUUACAUCCGUACACUGUGUUCACGCUCGGAAGAGAUGAGCAUGCCAAGGUCUCCUUCAUACUUAUUUUCAUACAUCGCUGCUCCUUUCUCCUUUUAUCAUCUCAGGUCCUGUGUCAGAACUCCAACACGGAAAUUAAAAGUGAUAGGAAUUAGCUUAAUUAGAAUAUAAUAAUCUAUCUUGACAAGUGAAUGAAGCAAAUGAAGAUUCGGAUCAUGUGGAUUCAUAAUCCCUGAGCAAAACUGUUAUAGAAAUAGUCAUAAAAAAAACAGCCAUCCAACACAUCCGCUCAUCUUUUUAUUGAGUGAAAUCCCAGCCAACAUCCAAUUCAAGCUCUUUUAUGGCCAUCUGCCAUCAUCGUGGACACUCCUUCCAGACUCUAGCUAAUCAUUUUAUUUAGUAGCAGGCCUGUGGUGAACUGGGCUCCGCUGUCAUCCAGCUUCGCCACCCUCACUGACUUGAGUUGUGUGAAGAAGAAAUUAAUCAAAUUCAACUUUGCGUGCGUGUGGAUGCAAUGCUUUUUUUUUUUUUUUGUGUGUGUGUGUGUGUGUGUGUGUGUGUGUGUGUGUGUGUGUGUUGAGUAUUCCAGUACAGAAGUAAUUUGGGUGGAGCACAUAAUUUCCUACUUUUCGGACAAUUUCGUUUCACCCAGCCAAGGGUUUUCUCUUGUGGCUUGUGUUUUUUUUUUUUUUGUGACAUGUUGUGAAUUGAUUGAUGUACAUAAUUUCCAUCGCAAAUGGAUAUUAAGGAUGAAAAUUAAAAAAUAAACAAAAAGUGCAUAACAAGGACUUCUAGGAGAUUAUGAUGUUGAGUUUGGUAAGUAACCCUUUGGGGUCCAAGGUCACCAUGGACUACAUUGUCAUUGAGUUGUUCAGCGAUAGACAAUGAAUAUCCUCCAACUUCCAAUGUUACUGUAGUGUAUCGUUCUUAUAAAUCGAGGGAAAUAAAUCAAAUCUACAUUUUAGUGUAUGAUAUUUUCAAUGCCAUCCUUGUAAUGUUUGUAUAGGUUUUGUAAAUAAAU